AUGACGGUGGACCUCACGACUCUGGAUGCUCACGAGCAGCCUUCAGAGCACCUCAGAAAGAUAUGGAAGGGCUACUCUCGAACAGACAAGACCAGCAUACUCAAUGGCGGUGACAUUGACGACCUGUCUGUGCCUGGGAAGCUUGCCGAGUUCCAACAAGCAGGCAUAAUACCAGCCGACAAGAUUCGCACGGCGCUCUCCCGCCUUGCUGAGGAUGACCCGUCCAUUGCUCUGGUGAAGGAAGAUGCCGUUAUCUACCAUCAUCCUCUGAUACCAGGCCUGCUCAUAGUCCCAUCGCUGUUACCGCCAACGAUUCAAAAGACUCUUCUGUCUCGCCUCAUUCACAGAGACUUGAGCCUGCCUCACCAUCAGACUAACAUGCACUUGCACUACGACCUUCCGUACCCUGAGAAGGAUGCUGUUACCAAUGAGCCGCAAUCUUUCUUCGCGUACUCUCCAGAAUCAGAAACAAAGUUCAUACCCAAAGACCCUUCCGUGCACAAGACCCUCUCGAUGAAGCAGGUCAUGGAGCGGCGGCUGCACUGGGUCACACUGGGUGGGCAGUAUGACUGGACGAACCGCAUCUACCCAGGCGAAGAACCACCAAAGUUUCCUGAAGACGUGGCUGGUCUUCUAGAAACACUGUUUCCAGAGACCCAGGCUCAAGCGGCGAUUGUGAACUUCUAUACGCCCGGCGACACAAUGAUGAUGCACCGGGAUGUGUCCGAAGAGACGGACAAGGGGCUUGUGAGCCUCAGCAUGGGAUGUGAUGCAUUGUUCAUGAUUGCACCCAACGAUGUGGGCAAGAUGUCUGAGGCAGACAGGCCUGCUGAAGGGGAGAAGGAGUAUUUAUUACUGCGUAUCCGGUCUGGAGACGCCAUCUACAUGACACAGGAGGCACGCUUUGCAUGGCACGGAGUGCCGAAGGUCAUCAAAGGAACCUGUCCUGACUAUCUGGCUGACUGGCCUGCGGAAGAUGGCAAGUACGAGGAGUGGAGAGGGUGGAUGUCGAACAAGAGAAUCAACUUGAACGUGAGGCAGAUGAGGGACUGA